UAGGCGGCAUUGUAGCGCUUGACGGUGACUGAGGCUUCGUGUUAAACCGGAUUAAAGUGUUUUAUUGUUGUUUAUUGCUUAUAUUUCUGUAAUUAAUCAGAUAAUUAAGUUGAAAUCAGACCGAAUUAUCGGGAUUAGAGGCGCUGCGCUGCGGUUCAUUACACUCGGAGUGCUGCUGUUGUGCAGAACAGUACUUCAGUCAGGAGUUAGUGGAGGUGGAACUAUGCUAAGCUAAAGCUCGUGAGAUUUAAACCCGGAUUGAUUGAUGCAGAUGAAUUAGUUCAGGGUCUCGGUCCGUCCGGAGCUCAGGUGAACGGUAGAACAGAAGCUUAUAACCGUUUAUAAGCGCUCCGUGUUCCAGCAGCGCUCCGGCAGCGCAGUGACUCAGACCGCUGUAGCGCCGGUGUGACGGAGUGUGAGUGCCGGGGAUGAACGGCUUCAGCACGGAGGAGGAGAGCCCGGAGGCCCCGGGUCCUGGAGCUCCGGCGCCGGGAGGAGGAGCAGGAGGAGCCGCGCUGUUCCCGCAGAGCUGCUGCUGCCUGAUGGAGGGAGGUGAGCGGUGUGGACGGCCGGCGGGGAACGCCUCCUUCAGCAAGAGGAUCCAGAAGAGCAUCUCCCAAAAAAAGCUCAAACUGGACAUCGAUAAGAGUGUGAGACACUUGUACAUCUGCGACUUCCACAAAAACUUCAUCCAGAGUGUUCGGAACAAGAGGAAGAGGAAAACCAGCGACGACGGAGGAGAGUCUCCAGAUCACGACAUCGAAGUUCCAGAGGUGGAUCUGUUCCAGCUGCAGGUGAACACACUGCGCCGUUAUAAACGACAUUAUAAAAUCCAAACCAGACCAGGACUCAACAAAGCCCAACUGGCAGAGACGGUCAGCCGUCACUUCCGGAACAUUCCGGUGAACGAGAAGGAAACUUUGACCUACUUUAUUUAUAUGGUGAAGAGCAGCAAGAGCCGACUGGACCAGAAGUCGGAGGGGAGUAAACAGCUGGAGUAGCGACGGCCACGCCCGCGCACACACACACACACAUACGUGCACACACACACACACACUGGGUCUGUGUUAAUAAUGACUGCUGACUGUGUAGUCGAGUGCAAUGUGAAUAUAAUGUACAGAUAGAUACGGCAGUGAAGCUGAACCAGAUCCGUAUAGCGCACGGAGAGUCACGCGUCUCUGUGCAGCGGCAUCGAUCAGCCAGCAGAGGGGGUAAUUG